AUGGGGCUGCGGCUCUUCACGCUCGCUCGCUGCGGGCUUUGCGCGUGCGUGCGCGGCGAGCCCGCGUUCGUCCGGCUUGUGCUCGUCGAGCUCCUGCGCGUCGUACCUGGGCGUAUCGGGCUCUGGCCUGAUGCGCGUCUUGAGCUCGUCGAGCUCCUGCGCGUCGUACCUGUGCGCGUCGGGCGGGUUGUCGUGGGACUGGUGCUCGUCUCACUGCCUCGCGUGGCGCUCGGGCCGUCCGUGCGCGGCGAGCCCGCGUUCGUCGGGCUGGUGCUCGUCGCGGUGUGGCUGGGCUCCUGGGGCGCGCGGGUGCUCUCGCUCGUCCGCUCGGUCUCCGCGCGCGCGGUCUUCGGACGCGCGAUCUUCAGACGCGCGUCCGAGCAGCCGAGGGACGCAAUUGCACGUCCCACGGGCCAGGUUCUGAGCCCGGCCCUUGACGGCGGGCUCGUAUGGCGUGUGGUUGAGGGGGGUGGUCGUACGAGGGCGCGAGGGCGGCAGGAGGAGGGUCGGACGAUGCUGGGCGGCGGCUUGCACGCGCGCACUUCCCGUGGCCCGUCUGUUGCCGACGGGCCCGGAUGUGCUCUUGUGCGCAUCGCGGCGGGUCCUCUACAGGGUGCGGCAGGGCGCGCGACGGGAGGGGCGUUGGAGAUGGGAGCAGGAGGGCGACGGCGGCUGGCAAUCACCAGGCGCGGGCGAGAGGCAGAGGAUGAGAGGCGGCGGGCGACGCGGCGGGGUCUGGUGGGUGAGCCGAAACAGACGGGAGCGGCUCCACCGGCCAACCCUGCCUCUGGGACUCUCCCCCGACGGUCCAACGAUGCACUUAGUGCAUCGCUGGAGCCUGUCGAUCGCCGGUUGAGGGCCGACGCUCGGACGCGCGGCCGGCCGACCGAGGCGGACGCGGUUGCGCGUCAUUGCUGCUUCGAUAUCAGCCGGUACAGCAUGGCUAGAACUCCUACCCCAGUACCAUCAAACCCUAAGCCCACGGGUGAUCAGCCUACGAAUGCUGACACGUUGUUCCGAGUACAACCUCGACAUAAGCGUGCCGUUCUGGACAAGUCGGGCCAGCCUUUGGCUGUCAACAUAGGUGAGGAUGACAUUUGGCAAGGAGCAUUCGACAACAAUGGAUCUCCGCUUGCUGCUGGGGCGUCGUUACCGGAGGAGGACGGGUCACCGGGUUUGAUAACAACCCAGCGGGCUGUUCCGCAGGCUGGAUCUGUUGGUCCACCACGAGUGUCCAAGCGUCCACGGACUUCGACACCGCCGCCCGACACUUCAACGGUGCCGCCCGACGCUUCAACGCUGCCGCCCGACGCAUUGACGCAGCCGCCUGGCCCUUCGACGCCACUGCCCGACCCUGCGCCAAGAGCAUCGAAGCGUACACGACGUGCAACACCUGAGUGGACUCCGACGCCUGCUCCGACGCCUGUUCCGACACCUGCUCCGACACCUGCUCCGACACCUGCUCCGACGCCUGCUCCGACGCCUGCUCCAACGCCUGCUCCGAUGCCUGAACCGGAACGUGCACCGUUUCCAGCAGCGGUGAUGCGGCGAGAGCGGUCUGUCACACCGGAAGAAUUCAGUCGUGAAAGACUGAGAAAGAAGGGUCGUUUUAAUAAGAACACUGAGGCUCAUGCUCGAGACCAUACGGCGGGGAUGGCUGCUGCAGCUGAGUCUAACAAGGCUGGGUCGUCCCUAGCAGAUCUCGAAGCACGCCGCAAAGUCCAUGUCCACAAUGCAGUGCCUCAUGCGAUCUCGAGUCAGGCUUCGACUGCGCUCUCAUGGACUACUGAAGGGCCUACAACUGAAAAGUGUGAGGCUGUUCAGUGUCAUCGUUCGAGGAGAACGUUCGAUGCCAACGAUGUUGUUGUUGUGCGUCCCCGCCCGGGAAUCAGGCGGAAAGAUGGGUCUGUCCCAGAGAAAAAGACCUUUACUCACUGGGAAUGCCUGACUAUGGGAGCACGCAAGCACUAUCAGAAGACUGAGGGCGGCGGAGUCGUUAUCGACAAGGAUCGACUCACACUUGACCGCAGCCUGACCGGUUGGCAGAUCACGAAGAUUGAGAAGAGCAUACAGCUGAUGCGCGAGACGACUCGAGAGAAAGGACCGGCGCGGACUGAUGAAGAGAAACGGAAGGCACGCGCGGCAAAGAAGCAUAGGCGCAAGGUUGAGAAGGAGGCUCAGAAGAAGGUGAAGCGUGCAGAUCGUGCUGCUUUGAAGGCUGCAGAUAAGGGGAAGGGUAAGGAAGUGGCCGAGGAUUUCAGUGGUUCAGAUCUCAGUUCACUCCCAACCUCUGAUGAAGACUAG